CCUAUUCUCAUGUGGUCUUCAUUUACCAUGGUCUCCUAUUCCUUGUUCUCCCUCUCUGUUGUUGAUCCAGCUGGCAUCUCCCGCUCCCCCAAGCUCUCUUGGUGCGAGCCGGGCGGCCAUGUCUUCAGGUGCACAGUGGCUGACAGCAGAGGAGAGGAACCAACUUAUUCCUGGCUUGAAAGCAGCAGGAUUAAGUGAGAGAGAUGCCAUCUACAAAGAGUUCAUCUUAAAAAAUUUUAAUCAGGCCUUUGGCUUUAUGUCCAGGGUUGCCCUACAAGCAGAGAAGAUGAAUCAUCACCCAGAAUGGUUCAAUGUGUACAACAAGGUCCAGAUAACUCUCACUUCACAUGACUGUGGAGGCUUGACCAAAUGGGAUGUGAAGCUGGCCCAGUUCAUUGAAAACGCUGCUGCUUCUCUGUGAUCUCUUUCAAAAUGGGUUGAAGGAGAGAACAAGUGUCUUGUCCAUGGCUCCAGUAAGAUGUGGCAAUUCAAGGACUUCCUGUCAUUGCGAUGGCCCUCUCUCCAUUAUUGGGCUUUAAUGAAUUGAGAAAGAACUAAGAGCCAUACGUUUUCACAGUGUGUGUUGUCACCGGUGAACUGAGUGUCUGACUUAGUCUCUACUGAAGAUCAUCUCUGUAAGGACCUCACUCCACAGGCCUGAAGAGCAAUCCUAUUCGGAGCAAAAACUCUUACUGCCCCACCAUGCCACUGCUGUUACAACAUGAGGAACCUGUGUGGUCACGUGAUAAGGUCCAAGCUCCCCCAAACCAAUUCCUGGCCGGUUCAGUUAGCCGUGCCUUAGUUCCUUUCUCACUGCGAACAAAUGUCCUAAAGAAAGGGGCUUAAAGGAGGAGGAGGGUUUAUCCUCUGAGGUUCUCCAUUAGCAGCUACAGUCCAUCAAGGCGCGAAAAGGUGGCCGCAGGUAUGUGAACUGGUCACAUUGCAUCUGUAGUCAGGAACCUAUGGGAUGGUGCUUAGGUGGGCCCCCUCUUCUCAGUUAGCCCCCACAGACAUACCCAGAGGUGUGUCUCCUGGUCAACCUGACACAGCAUGCUACUGCCCCAUUUUAUUUUAAAUUAAUUUUAGCGUCAUAUACAAUGUAGCGAUUAGUGUUUGCACACUCCACCUUUUGGCUGUUGGACUCCGCACAGGUAGAGCAUCUGUAGAUCCAUUACAAAAUACCCCAGAUGUGUGCUCGCUCACAUAGAUGCAAAUGACCAGGGAGCUCCUACUGGGACUUUCUGUCAAGGUGGGGCAUGCAACACCUUCCUGCUUGGCUGAUCCAGCAGAUCAUGGGGUCCUGGGGUUCUUGUUAGAGUCCCAGUCACCCAUGCUCUGAAAACGCUCAGGUUAUAUGUGUCAUGAGAAAGCAACAUCACUUAUUCUCACAGGGUGGUCUUGAAUCUAAUGAGAAUAAGUUACAUGCAUUUAAGUCCAAACAAGCACAUUUAUGUGUGAAAUAUUCACACAUUUAGAUACCAGUUAAGCAUGGGACACUGUGACAAGAAGUGAAGACAGACCCAGGAGGGAGAGGCAGCCUCUGCCCUCCAAUUACUUUCAGUCUGAUAGACAGCUGGGGUGCUCAUGUUGACAUAGACUAGUAAUGCUGCUGAAAAUAUCACUUUACAUCUCACACCUGAGGCUGUGGGAAAGCAUGUUUUUGAACAUGUGUCUCAGACCUGACCUUUGGAGCUUGGCUCUCAGAGGCAAACUUGAAAUGUCAGCUUGUGCAAUGGUGGAUUUUGAAUUUUGCCUCAACAAUUUUUGGCUCUCUGUGACAUCCGUUUCAGCUGGGUUUUCUUUUUUUUUUUCUUCAUAAAGGAUAUCCUUUCUCCAACUCAUGAGUGAAGACUAAUUUUAUUUGAUUAAAAAAAAUGGAAGCAGUAGAUGCUACACAUUUAUCCUGCUUUCAGUUUCUAUUUCGUUACAACUUUCCAUUGCAUCUGACACAUUAACAAAUCUUUGGAUACAUCAUUUUGGAAUUAAGACAAUAAUCUGCCUGUAAAUUUGACAAAAAAAUUUUUGGUGAUGCUGAAGAUCCAUCAUACAGACACAAUUUGCUGCUGCUCUGAUCAUUUUCAGUAAAAUGAUCUAAUUACACUCCACAGAAUGCAUUAUUCCCUCGGCUGCUGAUAAAUGGAAAAUAGUGUCAUUAGUAAGGGCUAAAGUUCCCUUUACACAGCUCAAGGUCUGGUUAUGACAAUGAAUUGUAAGGACAACCAGUUCCAAACCCUGCAGUUAUGUAUUUCUUCAGCAGACACGUGUCAAAUCCUUACUUCUCAAGGCAGUUGGGGUUGGGGGAGAGGAAGGAAGGGAGGAGCUGUGCAGAAGAGAGAAACCUGGGGUCGUAGGCUAGGAGCCUGCCCUGCAGCUACAGGAAGAGCAGUACGCACAGUGUGCUGAGCCUUGGCUUCAACAUUUGCCUGGCAACCCUCGACAUCUUCUUCUGGAGACCCCCUCCUGGAUACAGUAACCAUGUGGGAAUACAGCUAGUUUCCACAUUAAAUGGAAAAUAUGUCUGUCAGAAUUAUUUUGAUGACUGUGAUGGCUAAUUUCAGCUGUUGACUUGGUUGGGUUGAACAGAAGACCCUAGGAGAGUAGUAGAGCACACCUCUCAGGAGUCUGGGAGGGCAUUUCCAGAGUUAAAUCCCUGGGACUCUGGUUUAGUAACUGGUUCAACCCCUUGAUGUUUUCACAGAACUCUGUGAAACCGUGAGCUAAAACACGCCCCAAAAUUUUUUCUAUCGGGAAUAUUGUCACAGUCAGGAAAAAGUAAUUAACACAAUGCCUUUUAAAAAUAGAUAUUAUUUUGAUUUUAUAGUUUUCACAUUUUGUAGCUGACCCUUUCUACCUCCUUACCACCAAUCUCCAGCAUUGUCACAGGCUCCUGAAAGUCCUGCAGGACCAAGUGGACACAAUAAAUUUGGAGUCAGAAAUGAUGCCAUAGACCUUGAUAAAUGAAGAUAUUUCAUCCACCCCAGUAGAAGCAGAAGGGGCCAAGAACUUUCCAGAUGGAACAGACAGUGGAAGAAGGUUCAGGAACAGUCCAGAAAGGAUGUUCAGACUUUGCCAGAGAGAAGUCUAAAUACAAACUUUGGAAAUAAAAUGGGAAUUCUAUAAUUUAUUCUCCAGAAUAAAUGGAGGAGCCCCAGAUGGUUCCUGAGGGAAGCUUGGCCUCUGCAGGAUGCUGUAGAUGGACCUGGGCUGAUGCAGCUUCAGAAGCAAACCCCAAACUUCCUUCAGAGAGCAGGUUCCAGACAAGGCCUGUUUAGAACCCACAUACCAUCUCUGCUGACUCUACCCCAUUUGCACAACUUCUCUGGUCACAGGCUCUUUAGUGUUCCUCACAUGCUUCGCCUGCAUUCGAGCUCCCUAGUCUCCCAUAACCUGGGCCUGGUCUCAACACCCAGCCUUCUCAGUGCACACUGUAUUCAUUAUUAAAUUUGCCUUCCCCAAAGCACACUUCCAAAUGCCUCACACUCCAGCUUAUAACCCUGGUGUACAGCAUAGAGACUGGUAUAGGGAGGAAGCACAUUUCCCAAGGUCACCAGAAUUAGAGUUGUAGUCAGGACAAGAACGCAUGUUCAAAUAACUCUGCUCUUCCACACCGGGAAACUCCCAUGGUUAUAACCUCCAGACUAACAGACAGCUCUGACCAGGUAGGGCGCCCAGAUCUGAGCUGCUUAUAGUGGAAGACUGACGGUCUCAAGGAAAAUGUAAUAAUUCUUUGGGCAUGAGGCCCCAGAGUUUGCAGCUAAAUUGCUGAGGACCGUGUGACUAACCCAUAGAGUUCUAGUACUCUCCAAGUCAGAGUCUGGCUUGCUUUCAAAGUCCAUUUUUGGAAAAAUACUGAUGCUAGGCAUAACCCUAAGCUUCCCUACCUUUCCCACCACAGUAAAGGAGACAGUUCCUCAAGCAACAUGAAUUCCUCUGUUGUUUUCUUUUUCAUUAAUUAAUUCAUUU